AUGGGAAACAGAACUGUGCGCCCACUAAAUGAUAUAGAUGUUCAAGCAUUGAGUCGUGUAACACUGUUACAACCGCAUGUUAUUCAACAAUUAUACGAAGCAUUUAUACAAGAGGGUAUCAUUCAAAAAGGAUUAAAAUAUCUUCUAAAUUUGAUUUCAAAUAUCUCUAAAAUGACGAUUAAUGAGUUUAAACGAAUUUAUGGAAAUGUGAAUCCAAUGGCUCAGCCUUUUAACUGGGAUGCUGAAGCUGAAAGAAUAUUUAUGAUGUUUGAUACAGAUAGAAAUGGUGUUUUAACAUUUGAAGAAUUUGUUAUGGCCUAUGUGCUACUUCAGCGAGGUGUUGAUCCAGUAACUCGAUGGCAAUAUGUAAUGAACGCUAUGCCAUUAUCACGUCCAGGCUUUUUAUCACAACAAGAAGCACAAAUUCUCUUAGGACAUAUGCAAAAUUUCUACCAGCUUCCAAUUGAUGUAAAUACAUAUUAUAAUAUGUUAUGGAAUUCAUUACAUCAAGGAGGUGGCUAUAUCAGUCAACCGCACUUUAUACAGGCACUUCAGCAAAUGCCUGGUAUACAACCACUUAUUUGGUAG